GAAAUAGAAGUUAAUUCGUUCCGAUUAUUUAAAGAUAUGACGAUUCUGGAUUUAAGUGGUUUAUCUUUAAGAAAAGUUGCUGAAAAUACAUUUCAAGGAAUGUCUAAACUUCAGGUUCUAAAUAUUUCUUACAAUCAAAUCAAUACAGUCGAGGGUAAUGCCUUCAAAAGUUUACAAAAUCUUCAAAUACUGGAUAUGCAACAUAACGUAAUUUCAGUAUUCGGAAAAGAUUCAUUUGCCGAUUUAAACACUCUGUCAUUUUUGUACACCGAUUCUUUUAUGUUUUGUUGCAUCAAACCAGCAAGUUUAGACAUAAAUAAUUGUUUCCCAUCACCUAAUGAUUUCUCUUCUUGUUCAGAUCUAAUGCGUAAUGAAGUAUUGCGAGUAUUUAUUUGGUCUGUAGCUAUAUUCGCCUUUUUCGGAAAUAUUCUAUCAUUUGUAUUUCGCUUUCUGUCAGAACGUGACACUUUUAAGUGUGGGUAUGGCAUUUUGGUCACUAACUUGUCGGUGGCAGACAUGCUUAUGGGUGUGUAUUUGUUAAUUGUAUCAGUUGCUGACGUAACCUAUAGAGGGCGAUAUAUUUGGAAUGAUGUUUCAUGGCGAAAUAGCACGUAUUGUUCAUUUGCUGGCGGGCUUGCCAUAGUUUCAAUAGAAAGUUCUGUGCUCCUACUCACAAUGAUCACAUUGGACCGUUUCAAAUCGAUCAAAUUUCUGUCAGGUUUCACAGCGUCUUAUGUCCUGGUUUUGUGUGCCAUUGUUUGGAUAACUGCCAUUAUAUUUGCUGUAAUACCUAUCCUUCCUUUGGAGCAAAUGAAACAUUAUUUUGGAGAGUCGUUCUAUUCCAUAUCGGCUGUUUGCCUUACUUUGCCAUUGACAACCGAACGUGUGUUCGGCUGGGGUUAUUCGGCGGGUGUGUUGAUUGUCUUCAACUUUCUGUGCUUUGUUUGUAUCGCCAUUGGUCAAUGUUAUAUUUACAUAACCGUCAGAAGAACCAAAAUUAUGCUCGAAAGUCCAGAUCGCCGAAUCGAAUUCCAAGUUUCACGAAAGCUGUCGGCAAUUGUGAUAAUUGAUUUCCUGGCAUGGUUUCCGGUUUGUGUUUUUGGAGCGAAUGCAUUGUAUGGGGGAACCGUUAGCGGUGAUGUAUACACAUGGGUAGCAGUUUUUGUUAUGCCCCUGAAGUCAGCUUUGAAUCCAAUCUUAUAUUCGUACUCGACAUUCAGUAACUCUAAGUUGGGUCGCAGGAUUCUAAAAUGCCUUGGAUUUCAAACCACUCGAUUUUCAACGGGAAAGCAAGUUUCAGAACACCUACAAAACGUCCGCCAGGUUUACAAAAUGGGAUGUCUCGUGUUGCACCAAGAGAAGAAAAAUUUGUCACUCAAGGAAUACUUUACGUCAGCACGCACUAUUCCAAUAACGAACCUGAUUAUUGUGACGGCACGUGUAGCGUUUAUUCUGGACAAAAUACAUGAUAUGGGCCUGAUGGUAGGCCGCUUUGGAACUGACCACGUCAUGGUUAAACCCGGGAUAAACAAGACAAUUUCAAAACUCGUUAUUAAAUGUUUACCACGAGAAGUAAAGAAUGAAAAAGAGAAAAGCAUGAAUAUUGACGAUUUUGGUCAAAUGUUAGGAUGGAUGCUGAAACGAUACAAUGUGCAGAAAGUAGGGAGAACCGAAUACCCUAACUAAACGAAAUCGUAUAUAAAAGGAUAGAACAGAACUGAAAUCUUUAUACAUUCUAUCUUUUUUAUAUCUGGAUGUUUAUUAAUAUUGUUUUCAUUAUUUGUAAUUUUGAACAUUGAACUAUUUUAAAAUUUAUGUUGUUUUGUGCCGGUGUUACUUAAGACAUAAAAGAACAUGUUCAUAAUUAUGUUAUGUCUGUCUAAUACAGGACUACAAGUGUUUGUCUUGUAAACGUUUAUUUUAUUCUGCUUUGUUCUUAUUAAAUUGUGUGCUCCGUGUUGUUGGAUUUUGUGAUGUGUUUGAAAGGUCAAAAUUAUGGUUGGUGUCUGUUUGGCGUCCGUUUUUCUUUUAAGUCAUAAACACUUACCCUUCCAAAUUUCUAUAAUAAGAAUAUGCAAAUUAAGCAUUGUCCGCUCUCUAAGUCAAACAGGUUUCACCCGAUCUUCACCAAACUUGUUGUCAAUGUUUGAGGGCGAUAUCUCGGCCAAAAUCCGAUAAAAAAGCCAAAUCAGCCCAGGCACUCUUGGAUUAUGGCCCUUGAAUUACUUGAAAAACUGCGAAUUUAGCCUUGUCCGCUGUCUAAGACAAACAGUUUUAAUCCAGUCUUCACCAAACUUAGUGACAUUUUUGUUGGCAUAAUAUCUCAGCCAAGUUCGAUAACCAGCCAAAUUGUUUCAGGCACUCUUAGAUUAUGGCCCUUGAAUUACUCGAAAAACUUUUUUAUAAUUUAUUUUUAAAUAUAGUCAUCACAUGAUACAUAUAAUUACAUAUCUAGCUAAAUGCUACAAAAGAACUAUAACAAAUUACUUUUUUAAGUUCUCAAAAAUAUCAUUUGCUGUAUGUGAUGAAAGUUUUAUAGUUUGCAACAAAAUAAAAAAUGAGAAAUAAUUUUCUGUAAUAAUAAGUAAAAAAAACUUGGAAUAGAGAAAUUUUUGUUUUGUCAUUUUUUCUUUUGUUUGUCGUCAAAUUUUUGUUUUGUUUUGUCGUUUUUUUUGUCGUCUCCAGUUUCUAUUAACUUACACCGUUCUAAUUAUAAAUUAACUGUCAAAGGAAUAUGUAUAUAGUUAUAAAACAUGCAUACACCUUUUUUUGCCUUUAAAUAUGAUUCUUAUCUACUGUUAUUUUAAGCAUGGACCAUUUUCUUUCGUGCUAGUUCAUUUUACCAUACAUGAAAGCUAUUUCCCUUUCUAUACUGUUUCUUAUUUUCAAAUAAUGCAUGAAUAAUGGAACUCAAAACAUGGAACUCCUUACUAGUUUUCAUUUGAAAUAUAUAAUACUUCACCAAAUAAAUGAUAACAUUUAAUUCAUUAUUUUUCACAUUAUUUUGCACAAACAAAAACAAACUUACACUUUCUAUAUAAAACUUUGCUUCAACUUUCUUUUGUUUAAGAAAUUUAGUUGUUCCACAAAAGUUGUCCCAGAAUAAAUGCUCUAAGUUUUCAGGCUGCAUAUUACAAUAAUCACAAAUGUUUGUAAGGGAUAUAUCCAUUCUAAAUAAUCUUGUAUUUGUUGGCAAGAUUCUUUUGAUGCAUUUAUAUUGAAAAUUUCCGAUUUUUGUAUCUAUUGUGGCUUCGAAAGGUUAAGUAUAUAAUUUUUUCCACUCAAUAUUGCUUCUGUUCAAAAUAUUUUCCCACUUUUCUUCAGACUUUAUUCUCGGUUUUGGUGUAUCUUUAAUCUGCCUGUCAUACAGGAAUUUAUUUGGCGUUUUCGAUGUACAAAGUUUUUCUAUAAGGUUUUCCCUAGGAGAGUUCAUAUCUUCGGUUUUAAGUUGUUCUUUGAAAUGUGAAGGGAUACUGCUUAUAAGUUGAUGAUACUUUAAAAAAACCUUUAUUUUCUACCUCAUAUAUAUAUUUAAAGAUUUCGAAAGAAUAAAAGUUAUUGAUUCCGUAAUCAAAUAAAUCUUUCACAUAUUUGAUACGUUUAUCAUACCAGUUUUUGAAAAAUAAAGUUUUGUUUCCAUUUUUUAUCUUUGAAUUGUUCCAUAAAACUUGUUUGCUAAUUCCUUUUGACCAUUUUGUUCUCUUUACUCUUUGCCAUGCAAUAAUGACAUCAGAUAGGAAAUCAUGUGUUUUACCAAUUUUAUGUAUGUCACUUUCAUUUAUAUUGCUUUCAAAAACUAGUUUUCCUACUACUUUUUCCAGAUAUUUUUCAUAAAAAAACUUCCCAUAAUUUGCUUGUUUGAUUUUCAUUAAAUCUUCUCACCCAGCAAGAUUUGAUGGCAUUAAGAAAGCUGUUUAAAUCAACCAUUUUGAUUCCUCCUUUUUCAUAGUCCAGUUGCAAUAUUUCCCUUUUCAUUUUUUUUUCUAUCCCAUAUAAAAGUAUACAUGGCUUUUAUAAUUUUUAAUUGUUUCUAUUUUUGGACUUUGGAGAAUUAUAAAAGGGUAAAUAAGUUUUGGCAAUGCAAAGGUCUUCAUUACUGUAACUUUUCCAAGGAGUGUUAGUUUCCUAUGUUCCCAUUGUUUAAGACAGUUUUUGAAGCUGUUGAGAUUUGGCUCUAGAUUAAUAUUAAGGUUCAUUUCUGCAUCAUUUGUAAAUGUCAUACCAAGUGUACUAGCUGACUCUGAUGUCCAGGAAAAACUUUUCUCCUGACACAGUCUAAUGUUUAUAUUAGCUAAAGAACCUACCGUCAGAUUUGUUGUUUUUUAAUUGUUAAGUUUCAAUCCCGACGUGUUUUCAAAAUCCGAAAUUACAUGAACUAGUUUUUCGAAAGAUCCUGGCUCUCCAUUAUUUAAAGAAGUGCAUCGUCAGCGAAUAAUGUUUGUUUUAAUUGCUUUUCAUUUAUCUUUAUUCCUUUUAUAUGUUCAUUUUUUUUCAAUAUAAUUUGAUAAAAAUUCAAUACAUAUAUGAACAGCAGAGAAGACAGGGGGCAUCCUUGCCGCAACUCAUGUUGUAUUGAGAAAUUUUCAGAUAAAUGGCCAUUAUUUAUUACUACACUGCAUAUAUCAUUGUAAAAGAGCCUUAACCAAUCGAUAAAUGAGUCCCCAAAGUUUAAGUGAUUAAGACAUUGAAAAACAAAAUCGUGGUUUAAACUAUUAAAUGCUUUUUCGAAAUCUGCAAACAUUAAAAUACCAGGUUCAUUGUGUGUGUUUAAUUACUCGAAAAACUGCAAAUUUAACCUUGCCCGCUCUCUAAGUCAAACAGUUUUCAUCCGAUCUUCCACAAACUUGCAAAUAAUGUUUGUUGGCAUAAUAUCUCAGCCAAGUUCGAUAACCAGACAAAUCGCCUCAGGCGCUCUUGGAUUAUGAUCCUUGAAUUACUCGAAAUUUGCGAAUUUAGAUUUGUCCGCUCUCUAAGUAGAACAGUUUUCAUCCGAUCUUCACCAAACUUGCUGGCAAUAAUAGUGGGCAUAAUAUCUCGGCCAAAUUUGAAAACCACCCAAAUCGCCCCAGGCAUUCUUGGAUUAGGGCCCUUGAAUUAGGCCAAGUUUGAUGACGGGCGUAUUUUGUGACAGUCUGCCACUCUUGUUCAUUGUUAUUCCUAUGAUUUUCGAUGCCAAAAUAUAUGAUAAUAAGAUGCAUUUAAGACGUUUUGGAUAUCAUAGCAUUAUGCAUUUGAAGACAAUUGUCCACGUGAAGAUUGUUGUUUUCCAGAUGUUUCGAAAAUGAAGAUUUUUUGGUUGUUUCUUUUUUUCUUUGUUUUGUAUUACACUUGUUUUAUUUUGUUGUCGUUUUUCUUUUUUUAGUCUUAAUUAUUGUUAUUGUGCUUAAAAAUAUUAUUUUGUUGUUUCGUUGUUUCAGUACAGACCAGUAACAGGAAAUUUUGAUUGAUAAUUAAACUUCUGUAAUUUGUAAAGUAGUUUACUUUUAUUAUUGAUUCUACUGUGUAUUACUGAUUAAUGAGUGUUUUUAUUACUUGUCUAUAACUGAGUAAGAAUUUAAAUCUUUGUUUGAAUUUAACAAAAACUUACAAUUAUUGUACAAAAAGUUACAGUUUCAUUGACAGAAUAUUUGUCAGUUUUUCUUUUAUAAAGUUUUUGUUUUAUAAACCGUAUCUGUAUGGCUCAUGGUGAGCUUUUGUGACCAAUUGAGGUUCGUCGUCCAUCGUGCUUCGUGCGUCUGCCAACAUUUUUCUUGCCUGAACAUCAGUCGUUUCAUUUAUGACUUGAUUUAAACCAAAGAUAAACACAACUUGUAAAACUCUAAUAUCUUGGUUCCUUUCAUGUAUCAGCCAUAUCUCAGAGUUACAGACCCUGAAAGAGCAAAAAAAUGUCUAUUUUUGUCUUGUCUGCGCGAAAGUGGUUUUAUUCAUGAAUUUGUUUUAACAAAAAUUGCACACAACUUGUAUCACCUAAGAUUUCGGUUCCUUCAUUGCACCAGCCAUAUCCUAGCUAUGGCCCCUCCAAAGUUAGGGCAAAAAUGCCUAUUAAUGCCUGUCUGCACGAUAGUGGUUUUAUCUGUAAUUUGACUUUAACCAAACUAGCACACAACUUGUAUCACCAUAAGAUCUCGGUUCCUUUUUUGAACCAGCCGUAUUCCACCACGGGCCCUGAAAGAGAAAAUUCUUCUUGUCCAAAACCAAAGGUCCUAGGGCUUUGAUAUUUAUUAUGUAGCAUUAUCUAAUUGUCCUUUAAAUACGCUGUUAAAAUUACCCACCUAGGGUUAAAUAUGGUCCCGCUCUGGGGUCAUACGAUUUAUAUAGGUUUUUAUUAGGAAAAACUUUGAAAAUCUUUUUUUCCAAAAUCACAGAGAGUAGGUGUUUGAUAUUUGAUAUGUAGCAUUAUCAAAGACACCUCUACCAAAAUUAAUUGCUCAAGUUAUCUUCACAGGGUAAAAUAUGGCGCCGGCCUGGGUUCACAUGGUUUGAAUAGGCAUGUAUAGGUAACAACUUUAAAAAUAAUUUUGUCCAAAACCACAGGGCAUAGGGCUUUGAUAUUUUGUAUUUAGCAUCAUCUAGCGGUCCACCUUAAAAGAUAAUAGGUAAGCGUAGAUUUCUCGGAAGCACAGAGCAUCAAAAACACAGCCCCAGAGCCACGCGAUUGCAAACAACAAAAAGACGCUGUAAUGGAAAAAUAUUUCAGACGGGUUGCUUCAAACAUCCAACAAGUACAUAUUAAUUCAUGCUAAAUAUUGAUGGAGGGGAAGGAAAUAGUAAAUGGCGAAAUAGGGUCGGGGAGGUUGGGGGGGAGGAACCCGAACCCGAAGGGGAAAUCUGAACAAGGACGAAUAUACAAGGGAAUGCCGUGUUCUUUAGAAACAGUCGCACUACAAAGUAAACCACAAUGGCGCAGACACUCAUGUACCGAAGAUAAACAUACAACUACGAUCAACUGAAUAACGUAGAAAAAGAUUGUUCAAAUUGUCCUCUUAGGGUCAACUAUAGCCCCGCCCUGGGGGUCACAUUAUUUAUAUAGAUUUAUAUAGGGAAAACAUAAAAAUAUUCUUGUACAAAACCGCAUGGCCUAGGGCUUUUAUAUUGUAUGUAGCAGUGUGUAGCAAUACUUUUCCAAGAUUGUUCAAAUUAUCCCACUGGGGUUACAACUGGCCCCGCCUCUUUGGCACAUGGUUUAGAUAGACUUAUAAAUGAGUUUAGUUAUUUAGUAUUGGGCAUGCCCUAAUGGUCCUCUACCGAGAUUGUUCAAAUCAUGACCCUGGAGGCAAUAUGCCACACACAGGGUUCCCUUGUUGUGCAUCUUCUCGUCCAGAACCGUAAGGUUUAGACCUUAGAUAUUUCGUAUUUAGUAUUGCCUAAGAGUCAGUUAUCGGGUCUGUUCAAAUAACGACCUUUGGGAAAAAAUUGACUGCGUCCUAGAGUCAACAAGUUUGACAUUGGCUUAAAUAGGGAAAACCUUUAAAAAAAAUCUUAGCUGAAACCUUAAGGCCCAGAGCAUGGAUAUUUGACUUGUGGCAUGUUCUAGUGGUUCUCUGCCAAGCUUAUUCAAAUAGUGACUCGGCCACACUCGGUUGGUCCAUUGUAUUGAAGCAAUUACAAAAAUGUUUGGACCAUAAGCAGAUUUUAAUACUCAUCAUCAAUAUUCUAAAUCAUGAACUACUGACAAACUUUCUUUUUAGACCACAUUUAUAACUUUUGAUACCGAUUUAGUGUUCUUAGUCCUGACCUACUGACCAUCUCCAAUAUUCUAAAUCUUGAACUACUGACUUACAUUUUUGUUUUUGAAGCUAUAGCAAAAGGAUUUGGACCACCUGUAUAAUGUUCGAUACAGAUUUCUUGAAUAGUUUUUAGGCGCGAGCUACUUUCCUAUUUUUGAAGGUACAGCAUAGAAAUCCGGACGACAUGUAUAACUUUUGAUACAGAUUUAAAUACUUACCUUUAAUAUUCUUAACCCUGACUUAUUGACCUACUUCUUUUAUAAAGCUACAGCAAAGAGAUUUGGAUCACCUGUAUAAUUUUUCAUAGAUUUCAGAAGUUGAAUAAUGUAAACCAUGACCUACUGACCUAUUUUCUUCUUUCCGAACCUUUAGCAAAGAAAUUUCAUCUAGCAGGAAACAAAACUUAGGUGAGCGAUUUAAGGCCAUCAUGGCCCUCAUGUAUAAAAACACUUACUAUACUGAGUUAUUAUGGUAAGAUUCAAGAAAAUUGAAAACACGUCUGCCUCAUACGGCGACAGUAAACGAUUUGUCGACUUACUAUACAUACUCGUAUAAACUCUUGUUUGUUGUUAAACAUGUUGUUGCUGUUGUUAAGCAUACAAGAGACAUCCAGAGGAAAAAUAUAGAGCACGGGUGGCUUCUAAAAUCCAAAGAAAGAGAAGUCGUUAUCAAUUUAAUUAAUGAUGUGUUACGAAUUAUCUUUGUGUUGUGUUUCUGGUGCAUAGAGUCAUUGUAUAUGUUUAGUUUUAAUAAAAGUGAAUGUGC